AGAGAAGAAGGAGCAUCUCCACGCCGAUCGAGGUUACCUCAGAGAUGCGCACAUUCGCUUUUUCGCUGUAUGGGCAAUCAGACAUUUGAGCAAAUCUCGCUGCCAUUGUAACCAGCUGAGGCUGGACGACCUUUCUCUCCGUCGCCGCCGCAUCUCAGAGAUGGCCUCGAAAUUGAAAUCGCUGCGAUGCUGCGCCGGCCUGCAGAUUUUGCUGUUGGCUCAAUUAGCGAUGGGGCAGCAGUUCAAAAUUAGCAAUAACGUUGCCGCCAGCAAAGUCAAUAUGCCGUCGAUAUCCAAUAUCGAGGCGGACGCUUUCAUCAGCAGGGCUUUCCAGGCCAUGGAGCAAAAGUUCCUAAAGCAAGGUGGCCUAGAGGGCAGCAAAAAAGACAAAAGUCAAAACCUGACUGAAAUGGCGCUUAUUGCCGAGGAAGCGUCCAAAUACAUAGUCCACUCAUUUGGUCUUAACCGCGAACAAGUUAUCCACGGACUACCGCUGGUGGACAUUAGAAACACUCCAUUAGGAAAGAAAUGUCCGAUCAACGUGGAACUGCCUUGCCAGCCUCGGAGGUACCGAGCGCACUCAGGGUUCUGCAAUAAUGUACAAAAUCCUCACUGGGGAACGGCCAACACCCGACUGCUCAGAUUCUUGCCCCCUGAUUACGGAGAAGGUGUUAGCAUUCCACGGCACAGCGUGUCCGGCGAGGGCCUGCCAAGCGCGAGCACCGUGUCUUCUGGGAUCAAAGACUCGCUGCACCAAGUGUCCAACCACUCGCACCUGAUGCCCAUCGUGGCUGUGUGGGGCGAGUUCGUGGCCAACGACAUUUUCCACACGCCGCGGAUGACAGGUCCAAAAGGCGAGCGCCUGCAAUGCUGCUCCAUCAGUUUUAAUGAGUUCCACGAGGAGUGCUUCCCCAUUGGCGUGACUGACAACAAUUUCAAGCACGAGAAGAAAUGUCAAGAGUACGUGAGAUCGGCCACGGCCCCGCGGAUUGGCUGCACUUUGGGCCCCAGGGAGCAGCUGAACAAAGCGACGUCCUACCUAGACGGCUCGGUUGUUUAUGGAAAUUCGUACGAGGAGGCAAAAUUUUUACGCACCGGUUCCAAGGGCCACCUCCGCAGUUUCGUCACCAGCAGCGGGAAACACCUCCUUCCACUCGCUGAAGAGUCCAGAGACUGCAAAAAUCCCAAUUCCCAGUGCUUUUUGGCCGGCGACCCGAGGGUUAACGACUAUGGCGAGCUCACCGCCCUGCACACUUUGUUUUUGCUCGAGCACAACAGAUUGGCAAGUGAACUGGCUAAUUUAAAUCCGCACUGGGGCGACGAGACCAUCUACCAGGAGGCGCGCCGCAUUGUGGCCGCCCAGAUCCAAUUCAUCACCUACAACGAAUUUUUGCCUGUGCUCCUCGGCCAAAAUUUGAUGGACUUUUACAAAAUGAAGACGCAGAGCGCCGGCUACAGCGUGGGAUACGAUCUUGAUUUCAACGCUGCCAUUAGUAACGGGGUGGCAAUUACCGCACUCCAAUUUAUCGCGUCGUCGCUGCCAAACGCUUUUAACUUUUACAACGAGAAUAAAUCAAAAGUACACAUGUCCGAUGGGAUUAAUCACGUGUUGAACGGUUUGUUGCAACACUUGAGUGAUGAGAAAAACAACGCCGAUGAGCCAACUAACGACAUUGCUGCACAAAUUAUCCAGCAAGGUAGAGAUCACGGUAUCCCGAGUUACACCAAGUGGAGGGAAUUUUGCAACCUGACAAAAGUGGAUAAUUUCCUCGACCUGGCGGAAGUGAUGUCGAUCAAAUCAAUGUCAGCCUUGAACAAAAUGUACAAUGACGUCGACGAUAUCGAUUUGUUUGCCGGAGGGCUCUCGGAAAAUCCCCUUGAAGGAGCCCUUGUUGGACCAACAUUUGCCUGCUUGCUGGGCCUCCAGUUCCACUACUUGAAGCACGGCGACAGAUAUUGGUUCGAGAACGACUUGCCCCCCUCGGCUUUCACGCUCGAUCAGCUCACUGAUAUCAGAAGGACCAGCCUGGCCCGGAUUUUGUGCGACAACGCCGAAAUCCACGCGAUCCAGCCGCAAGUGUUCCUCGAAGACGACGCCUAUUUAAACCACAAAAUAAAUUGCAAGGGGAACGCGCUGGAGAGAAUGACUCUGUCGCCGUGGCACGUCGCCUCGCCCAAAUUUAUUCUGCCGCCAACUUUGCUGAGCGAGGCGUUUUCUGUGGCCAAGCAAGACGCGAGCAAAGUUUUGGCCCAAGAGCUUUCGCUCUUCCAAAACAAAAAAACCGCGCACCCUCACUCACCGACGGGCACGGCUUUCGGAUUCAAUCGGCCCACAAUCCAAGCCACCGAAAUUGCCAACACGUCUUUGCUACUCCAAUUCGCCUCAGCCAGUUUUGUCAGCAGUUUUCUCCAAGGGCAACUCGCUGAUCCAGAAAUUGGCCACAGCGGACCUGCCCCGCGCGAUCUGAAGGAGUUGCUCAGUCUUUUGCCGACGGUUGACAUUUCUGACGAAAUAAUCAUUCCCAGAGUGUUCAAAUGCGACGAGCAGACUUUACCGUGCGACCACACGAGCAAGUUCAGAACGGCUACUGGCUGGUGCAACAACCUGAAACGACCAGAACUCGGAAAGUCCCUCAGAGCUUUCACGAGAUUAAUCCCUUCAGUUUAUGAUGACGGAUUAAGUAUUCCGCGGUCCGUUUCUGUGCUCGGAGGGCCACUUCCGUCCGCCCGUUUGGUCUCGACGAGUAUUCACGACGACGUCAGUUUUCCGCACACUCGCUACACACUAAUGUUUAUGCAGUUUGCGCAACUUCUGGACCACGACUUAACCCACACCCCUGUUCACACAGGCUUCCAAAACUCGAUCCUCGAGUGCAAGGAAUGCGACUCUCAAGUGACACUCCACCCCGAGUGCUACCCAAUUCCCGUGCCCAUGGACGACCCUUACUACCCCAACAUCAACAGCACGACAGGAAAGCCGGUGUGCAUCCAGGUCACUCGUUCCCUUCCCGGGCAGCUCACUUUGGGGCCCCGCGAGCAACUCAACCAGGUCACCGCAUUCAUCGACGCCUCGUUCAUUUACGGAUCCGACUCGUGCAAAAUGGACCUGCUAAGGUCGAACGGCGGCUUCCUGAACGUCACCAGACAUCCGGCGAGAGGAAAAAGCCUGAUGCCGCAAAUCACGACGCACCCCGAGUGCCGCUCGCAGUCCGGAAAAUGCUUCAAUGCCGGUGAUGCGAGGUCAUCAGAGCAGCCGGGUCUCGCUGCUAUCCACACGGUUUUCAUGCGAGAGCACAACAGGAUAGUUUCCGAGCUGUCUAAACUAAACAGGCACUGGAACGCUGAUACUCUUUACCAGCACGCGAGGCGAAUUUUGUCAGCGGUCACGCAGAACAUAGUUUACAGCGAGUUUUUGCCCCGUCUGCUCGGCAUGGAGGGCAUCCAAAAGUUCAGCCUGGCUCUCCAAGGCAGCGGCUAUUUUGAAGGCUACGACGCGACCUGCGACGCAACAAUUGUCAAUGAGUUCGCGGCCGCCGCCUUUCGAUUCGGGCACAGCCUUUUGAAGCCGAAUUUGGGCCGCAUGGACCACUUGUUCGGACACUCCGGACCGAGUGUCCGGCUGAGGGACACUUUUUUCAAUCCUGACAUUUUGUAUGAACCGGGAAUGGUCGACGAACUGCUCAGAGGUCUCGCCACAACUCCAAUGGAAAAUUUGGACAAUCAUAUCACAGAGGAGGUCACAAACCAUUUGUUUGAGGAUAAGAGAAUACCUUUCUCAGGGAUGGACCUGGCUGCCAUUAAUGUUCAAAGAGCUCGUGAACAUGGAAUUACUGGCUACAAUGACUACAGAGAGUUGUGCAAUUUGACCAGAGCCAGUUCCUUCGAAGACCUCCGGAGUGAAAUUCCUGAAAACCUAAUCCGGACUUUUAAACGCAUUUACAAGCACGUGGACGACAUCGACCUCUUCCCUGGAGGAUUGGCGGAAAGGGCCCUUCUCGGUGGUUUGGUCGGCCCCACUUUCGCCUGCAUAAUUGGCCGGCAGUUCCAUUUGCUGAAAAAGUGUGACCGAUUUUGGUACGAGAAUUCGGAUCCGUUGGUGCGAUUCACAGAAACGCAGCUGCAGGAAAUCCGAAGAGCGACCCUGUCGAAAAUCAUUUGCGACAAUUGCGACGGCGUGACGAGCAUCCAGAAAUCGCUCAUGGAUUUAGUGCACCCGUUCAUGAACCCGCGCGUCAAGUGCAAAUCACUGCCGUCCAUCGACCUGACCCUUUGGAAGGAGCAAAAGUCGUGUACAAAGGACGGCCAGGAGAUCGAGUUGGGCGCCACUCGGAAAAUAUCGCCGUGCGUCAUGUGCACCUGCACUUCGGAGGGGCCGCUGUGCCAAUCGCUCAAGAUCGGAAAUUGCUUCCAACUGGCGCGCACAUUCAAGCCGGAGGCCGUGCUGGAGGAUAACGUGUGCAAGGUUCAGUGCGCAUUCAUCUUCAGGGCGCUGCCCAAAGUCACACUGAACACCAACGAGCUGCUCGGUUUUUCGAGCGGAAAAAACUAGGCCUGCCCGAACACACAAAGAACAAGCUGUUUUAUCUCGGCCGCCGUAAAAAACAAAACGAGUCAUUUCAUUGUCCAAGCUCGCUUCAAUUUGGCGUGCAAAUAAUGGCGUUGUGAAUAAUUCACGUGGCAUAUGUUUAUUUUUGCAAUGCAUCUAUAAAAGAGAAUACUGAAUGAGAGAGAUGUGAAAAUACACAGUCCUGCUCUCUUUCGCAUAACAAAGGAACAACGUACAAGAAAAGCAUCAAUUUUAUAUAUUGUUUCGAGAGCGAGUCAUUGUCCAUCCAAAAGUAGUAAAAUUUUAUAUAAAUAAAUCUCUAAUUUUGGAUCAAA